AUGGGUCUCCCCCGGCCCCGGCUGGCCCUGCUGCGGGCCCUGCGGCCCCUGAACCUGCUGCUGCGGAGGCGGUUCCGGCUCCUGCUGGCACUGACCCUCGUCUCCGCGGGGCUCGGGACCCUCUACCUGCACCUCAGGGCGGCGGCCCAGGGCGAAGCCCGCCCCCACAACCACCGUUAUGACAGCUGGCAGGAGUUGGCCAGAGCUAUGGCCAAUCGGAACAUCCCACCCGAGGAUCCAAACUUCCAGUUCUUUCCCCCUCAGCGCCCAAACCCCAAGGACCUAGACACCCCGAGAGAGGAGAGCAGCCCCACUGAUGGUUUUCUGAGGUGGAACAAGCCAGCCCCCUGGAUUCCCAAGUUCCAGGGCCAGGCCAACUUGCACGUGUUUGAAGACUGGUGUGGGGGCUCCAUCCGGCAGCUCAGGAGAAACCUACACUUCCCCCUCUUCCCUCACACCCGCACCAUGCUGAAGAAGCUGGCCGUGGCCCCUGACUGGACAAACUACGGGCUGCGGAUCUUCGGCUACCUGCACCCCUUCGCGGACGGAAGCGUCCAGUUUGCCAUCGCUGCCGACAACAAUGCAGAAUUCUGGCUGAGCCCCGAUGACCAGGUCUCUGGCCUCCAGCUGCUGGCCGCAGUGGGUGAGACCGGAAAGGAAUGGACUGCCCCUGGAGAGUUUGGGAAGUUCCGGAGUCAGGUUUCCCGACCUGUGAGCCUUCUGGCCUCUCACAGAUACUACUUCGAAGUACUGCACAAGCAAGAUCAUCAGGGGACAGACCACGUGGAAGUGGCGUGGCGCCAGAAUCUCCCCGGAGCCUCAUUCUCCAUUAUCGACUCCUCGGCCCUAUCGCUCUUUGCAAAUGAGACUCUUCUCAGGAUGGACGAGGUGGCCCACAUCCCACAGACGGUGGCCAGCCACGUGGUCGCCCCCGGCCCCCUUCCCGGGGACCGGAUGCACCCAGCCGACAUGCUUCGGCCGGACCCUAGAGACUUCCUAUACAGAAGGCCGCUGGUCCCCCGCUCUCAACUCCGACGUAUCCUGCCCCAGUGCGUUUACAAGCCCAGCUACCUUGUGAGCGGCUUCCCACUGCAGCGCUACCAGGGGCUCCAAUUCGUCCACCUGUCCUUCGUUUACCCCAAUGAUUACACCCGUCUGAGUCACAUGGACACCCAGAACAAGUGUUUCUACCAGGAGAAUGCCUACUUCCUGGACAGAUUUGGCUUCCGGAAAUUUAUCAAGCUCGACGAGCCCUCAAGGCGGGGGCUGGAGCCCUGGAAGGGGCCGGAGCAGCUAGAAGCAGAGGAUGAGCUCCUCAGAGACCCUCAUUAUGGCGAGCAGCCAGAGGAGACCACCGGCCCUGGCAGCCAAACCCCCAUGGCCCCACAGGACAUCUCGACACCCGGGCUGGACGUCCCCGCCACCCCCUUCAGGAGCAGGCGGAAGCUCUUGUCCUUUCGGCAUGGGUCCUCGAUGCCUGCCCUGCACCCCAUGGAGUCCAGAGCCCCACUACAGGCGUGGCAAGGGGAGGGGCAGCAGCCUCCCAGCCCUGAGCCUGCCCACAGACAGACCCACCCAACUCCUAUGUCCACCAGGGCCCUGGGUCUCCCCCCGGAGCCUGGGCGCACCACUCUGGAGCGGGCCCAGUGGCUGAACCGGGUGGCUUCAUACAUUGAGGAGCAGCAGAGGGGAGACAGCGUCCGGGACCCCUGGGCUGUGGCGGGGGGCGGGGGCGGGAGGGCUGCAUCGGAGGGCGGCGUCGAGCACAUGGAAGAGGAGGAGGAGGAGGAGGAGGAGGCGGACGAGGAGGUAGAGGACUUGGAAUAUGUGCCUCUGUUUGACCCGGCGGUGAGCUGGGCCCAGACUUUCAGCAUGAGGCCGCUGGACUUCCAGGCUCAGCGCUCCGACUGGAUCGAUCUCAACUGUAACACGUCGGGAAAUGUGCUGCUGCCAGAGCGGGAGGCCCUGGAGGUGGCCCGCGUCUUCCUGAGGAAACUCAGCCAGAGGACCCGGGGGCGAUACCAGCUGCAGCGCAUUGUGAACGUGGAGAAGCAUCAGGACCAGCUGCGGGGAGGGCGCUACCUGCUGGAGCUGGAGCUUCUAGAACGCGGCAGCAUGGGCGAGGGCCGGCCCGUGCGACUCUCGGAGUUCAUCUUUGCCCGCAGCUGGCAGGGGCCCGGCAAGGCUGACCAGCCGGAGGGGCGCGGCCGGCGGGCCCCAGCAAGAGCGCGGCGGCAGUGGAGACCCCACCAUUCGCUGGACUCGGGCCCCCCGGAGCCUCAGCUUUGCUGGCCCCAGGGCUUCUCCUGGAACCACCAGGCGGUCGUGCACUUCAUCGUACCCGUGAAGAACCAGGCACGAUGGGUGGAGCAGUUUAUCCGCGACAUGGAGGAGCUGACCUGGGUCACCAGGGACCCCCACAUCAACGUCAUCCUCACCGACUACAGCAGCGAUGACAUGGAUGUUGAGGCAGCCCUCCAGAGGUCCCACCUGCGCAGUUACCAGUACCUGAAGCUAACGGGAAACUUCGAGCGGUCGGCGGGACUGCAGGCUGGGGUGGACCUGGUCAAGGACCCCCACAGCAUCAUCUUCCUAUGUGACCUCCACAUCCGGUUCCCGGCCGGGAUCACGGACACGAUCCGGAAGCACUGCGUGGAGGGCCGGAUGGCCUUCGCCCCCAUGGUGAUGCGCCUGGACUGUGGGGCCACCCCACACUGGCCUGAGGGUUACUGGGAGGUGAAUGGCUUUGGCCUGCUUGGCAUUUACAAGUCGGACCUGGACAAGGUCGGGGGCAUGAACACCAGGGAGUUCCGAGAUCGCUGGGGCGGGGAGGACUGGGAGCUUCUGGACAGGAUCCUGCAGGCCGGCCUGGAGGUGGAGCGCCUCGCCCUGCGUAAUUUUUUCCACCGCUUCCACUCCAAGCGCGGCAUGUGGAACCGCCGCCAGAUGAGGGCCCCUUGACCCUUCGGACCAACCCUGACUGCCCACUGCCCAGGGCCCGGCCCCUGGAUCCACGCCUUCGGCCACGGAGCGUGAAUGGAGAUGGAGAAACGGGGGCUGGAGCCAACCACCUCUGGACCACCUCCAGCCCUGAACCCACCCUCCCGGGCAGGGAGGACAGAGGGGAGGGGGGACGGAAAAAAGGGGUGGGGCUAGCUGCUAGGCCCUGGAGACCAGGUGACAAGGAAGAGGCAAGGUGAGAUCAGAUUGCCUGCCAGCCUGUGCCCCUCUGAGGAUCCUCCGGCACCAUGACAACCUCCUGGGGGGCGGGGAAGGCAGCUGAAACCCCUUCAACUCCGAGUUUUUCCAGACAUGGCAUUGUUGUGGGUGCCCCCCACCUGGCCCCUAUUGCUUCCUGGAGGGGUUGGGCUGUGGGUUAGGGUAGGGGCGGUCAUUGCUAUCCCUUGCCAGCCCCGCUCCCUCCAAGGACAGAGUGCCUAGGGGGUUUCAGCUGGGCCCCAACCAACCCUGCUG